UGGGCGCUGCUGCCUGGCUCCGAGGAAGGGCUGAGCUUGUCGCUGAGCGGCGAGGUGGAGGACUGCGUCCUGCCGCUGCUGCGGCGGGCCCGCCGGCUGCUCUACGGCGCGGCGGGCAGGCCCUGCGAGGCGGAGGCGGCGGCGCUGGGGCGCCUGGGCGACAUCCUGCGCGACUACUCCUGGGAGCGGCUGAACGCGGGGCCCUGGCGGGAGGUCAGCAAAGCCUGGCGGCAGGUCUACACCUACGCCUGCCUCUUCGGGGCCUUGGCCGAGGUGGCCGCCGGCCGCCCGCUGGCCCCCGCCGUCCGCCUCUGCGACAUGGGGCUGCUGAUGGGCGCCUCCGUCCUAGACAACGUCCUCGCCCGCCUCGUCCGAGUCCUCCAGACCCGCCUGCCCCGCGGGGAGCGGCCGGACGCCGGCCCGGGGAGCGCCAAGAGGAUCCGGAUUGAGCCCCUUCCAGCCCCCGUUGUGCAGCCAGAAGAUGCGCUUCCACACCUGCGCUGCCCUUCGCUGGAGCAUUUCAGAGACAACUAUCUAAUUCCGCAGAAGCCUGUGGUCUUAGAGGGGAUUAUUGACCACUGGCCAUGUAUGAAGAAGUGGAGUGUGGACUAUUUUUGUCAAGUCGCAGGGUGCCGCACGGUCCCCGUGGAACUGGGUACUCGAUACACAGACGAGGAAUGGUCUCAGAAGCUUAUGACUGUCAGUGACUUCAUCAACCAGUAUAUUGUGAACGGGAACAGUGUAGGAUACCUUGCCCAGCACCAGCUUUUUGAUCAGAUUCCAGAAUUGAGAGAAGAUAUCAGUAUCCCUGACUACUGCUGCCUGGGGGAAGGAGAAGAAGAUGAGAUCACAAUUAAUGCUUGGUUUGGCCCGGAAGGCACUAUCUCACCUCUUCAUCAGGAUCCUCAGCAAAAUUUUUUAGCCCAGGUAUUUGGAAGAAAGUAUAUCCGUCUAUAUUCACCACAAGACUCAGAAAACCUGUACCCACACGAAGGCCAUAUUCUUCACAACACUAGUCAGGUUGAUGUGGAAGAUCCUGACUUACUUAAGUUUCCCAAUUUCAGAAAGGCUGCAUUUCAGUCCUGUAUUCUGAUGCCUGGACAGGUUCUGUUUAUUCCAGUUAAAUAUUGGCACUAUGUACGAUCACUUGACAUCAGCUUCUCUGUCAGUUUCUGGUGGUCAUAGAUCUGAAACAUGCACAAAGUCUGUUAGCAUCGCAAUAGGAAUUAAAAAUCAGAAAAAACAGCAUCUGGCAUCUUCUCACAAGAGAAUUUUUUUUAACCCUGAUAAUGUUCUUCCCUAUCAUCUGGAGGUUAGAGGUGGAUUAAAAAAAAAAUCCCAAAAAACAAUAUCCUCUUCCUUCAGCAUGGUGAAAGAAUCUGGAUGGGUAAAUGGAAAGAAGAUGCUACAGCCACUUUUAUUUUUGUGGAUGUUUCUAAAGUGAGUGCCUCUUAAAGACAGUGUUAGAUCACCAUCUUGUAUGCGUUUGUACAUCUGAAACAGCUCUAUAUAUGGGCACUGCCAGGACUCUGCUUCAAACUAUAUUUGGAACAUCAGGUUAGUGUUAUCUUCUACUUGGAUUUAAUAACAGUAAAAAGUAGAGUUAUAUAAACAGUGAGGGAACCCAGAGGUUGAACCAAAGGUUCAAUACGUUAAAGAAAAAAACAAAGUUAACACAAAGGAAGAUACCAAUCUCCUAUACAGAAGUCGUCAACUAGUGUUAAGGCCUAGGAACUUUAUUAAUUGUAGUUAAUCUGUAGUGUAAUUGCAGUUAAAUAAACUGAAGCUUAAUCAUACUUUGAUUAACCAUCAGCUGCACUGCUGACACUCUGCCUUCUGCAGUGUUGCACAUUUCUACUAAGGAAAGAAACACUGCCAUUCCGUUCUGGCACCUGGCAAUAUCUAGUCCUUGUCUGUCAAAUCACUCUUAAAGGAAAAAGCAUCCUUACAUGAAACUGGAGAGUGAAGUACUAGUACUAAAACCUAAGAGAGUCUUAAGAUGAUUAUUUUUUCCAACACUUCACAGACUUAAGCUAGCAUUGCCCCAAAUGUCUCAUCCUGCUCCUUCCCAAUUGUUUUGACUGUGGGAAUAUUCCCUCUCUUUUGAAGCAUAGCUGCUCGUGACCUGGCCUUAUGUCAGAUGAACUCUUCUGGGUCCAAAGAAGGGACAAAACUCAACAGUGCAACAAGUGUUCAAAUUCUAGCCCUAGAUGAGAUACACAGCCUUAGUGAGGAGACCACAAGUGCUGCAUUGAUUUUUCACCCACUUGAAGCCCCGUGGUGCCAGGAGCAGGUUUCAUUUUCAGUUGUGCAAGUGAAACCACAACUAGGGAACACUGUUGCUGGGAAAGGCUUCUUUUAAUAGUUCGCCUGCAGGAAGGACUUGUAGGAUUGAGAGACACAGGUGUUUUUAGUCAUUCCCAAACAUACACUGAGAGUCCAACCCAAAAAUAUGGAGAACUAAAUACACAAAACAUCCUCCAAGAUAGCUGUGCAGUCACAACUGUAAGAACAGGAAAGUCAUUGAUAGUUUUAUUGUAAGAUUCUUAAACUUAAGGAAAAAAAGUACACUGAACAGAGCACUGUUACUAAAGAAUACAAUACAGUCUGGCUAUUCUGCAAGAGUGGGGAAAAGAUACCACUGGAAGCAAGUUUUCCUAGCAUCGUCUGGUGCUCUUCUCUGUUCUCCCUGUUUUUGAUGGUGACUGGGAGUCUGUCCGACUCAUACCUGUAAAGAAAGCAAAAGGAAGGUUAAUGAAUGACACAAUACAAAAGGAUGAUACUGUACAACAUCCAGAUUUUUAAAAUGCUUUAUAUAUCCCCUGUGUUCCCAUUUGAAAUGUCCAAUUUCCCUGGCUAAAUAAAGGAAUUCUGAAGAGGUUGUGCUCCUCUUAGAAGCAUGUUAUUUCCAGAA